AGGCUGUGGCUAAAGUUAGAUUGGGUCGGGGGUAUAUAAGCCCCCGGGGAUGUGCGUAGAACGCGGCUUCACACUGUCUUCUCUUUCUUGAUCAUCCAAACCUCCACUCAUACCGUCCCAAGAUGGCACCAAAGAAGGCCAAGAGGAGGCAGGCAGCAGGAGACAGCGGCUCCUCCAACGUGUUCUCCAUGUUCGAGCAGAGCCAGAUCCAGGAGUACAAGGAGGCUUUCACAAUUAUUGACCAGAACAGAGACGGUAUCAUCAGCAAAGACGACCUUAGGGACGUGUUGGCCUCAAUGGGCCAGCUGAACGUGAAGAAUGAGGAGCUGGAGGCCAUGAUCAAGGAGGCCAGCGGCCCCAUCAACUUCACCGUCUUCCUCACCAUGUUCGGAGAGAAGCUGAAGGGUGCUGACCCCGAGGACGUUAUUCUUAGCGCCUUCAAGGUCCUGGACCCCGAGGGUACCGGAACCAUCAAGAAGGAGUUCCUCGAGGAGCUCCUGACCACUCAGUGCGACAGGUUCUCCAAGGAGGAGAUUAAGAACAUGUGGGCCGCCUUCCCCCCAGAUGUCGCUGGCAACGUAGACUACAAGAACAUCUGCUACGUCAUCACACACGGAGAGGAGAAGGAGGAGUAAAGAGGAAGAUAGAAGAACAACAGAACAACAGCCAUCCCUUUGUUAUUCUGCCUUCCCUGUCCGUCCUUCUCCUCCCUUCUUUCCACCUGUGUGUGUCGGGCCGCUCAUGUCGAACCAAAGACUCGUCCACCUGCCGCAUGAGGCGGCCCUGCUCUGUCUGUGUUGGCUUAUGGGGAAUAAGGGAUGAUUUAUAAUAAAAUGAUCCUGGAACAUCAUUUCCACGCACACCUUUAACACCGUGGUUUUCCUUUCCUGGUAACUGUCUUCUGUCUUCUCACCUCUCCAUCUGUGUCUGCUCUGUGGUGUUGAACCUCUGAGGUGUUUUUGGGAGUGAAACCACGCCUCCCUCAGGUGGAUUUAAGGACGUCAUUCUCUAUUUUGAAGAUGUCCUCACUCAUGGGUAGAGGGGGUGAGAGGAGGGAGAGCGUUCGCAGGUUAUGGGAAAACGUUGUCUCCUUAAAGCGACGGCAGCGUUUCCCCCCAAAAAAGUGACAAAAAUAGACCGAAGGAGAGGAGGGAAAGGGACGAAAGAAAACAUAUCCUCUUCGCCUUCUUUCCCUCGGCUCCUUCUGACGUCUGUUCAAUCACCUGUUUUCCAUAAGCUGUGUCUGAAACAGUCACCGGACUCUUCCUCGCCUUUCCUCUGGACUGAAUAAAAAGGGACAAACUGUGAAUAAACCUCUUUUCUUUUGUACAA